AUGCCAGGGAUUCCUCUGCAUGCCCUCACAUUCAAAGUGGGGGCAAUUUGCCUGCUCAUGAGGAACCUGGACUCUUUGACCGGAUACUACAAGUGCAACCAUGAUUACGAAGGGACGAGAGCUACGUACGCCGUUACACAGUUCGAACCUACUGCCGCUAGAAAGGCGUUCCCGUGCUGGGAUCAACCGGCUUUCAAGGCUCGAUUCGACAUCACCAUGAUCUCCCGCUCCGGAACUGUCAGUCUGAGCAACAUGGAUGUCGCGGCUACCCGCAAGGUAACCGACUCGACGCUGUCAAGUGUUGUCUUUCCGAGCAUUCAACUUGGAUCAAAGUCGGGAGAAUGGACUGCAACGACGUUCUCCACCACCCCGAACAUGUCAACCUACCUGGUCGCAUUCGCCAAUGGUCCCUUUGAGUUCCUCGAACGGAUCCACACGUCGGCCAUCACCGGAAAAGAUACUAUUAUGCGCGUCUAUACUACGAAGCAGCACAUUUCACAAGCUCGUCUCGCACUGGACGUUACCGCUCGCGUCUUACCCAUGUACGAGGAGAUCUUUGACAUCCCGUAUCCUCUUCCUAAAUUGGACACUCUGGCUGUCGACGACUUCGACUUCGGGGCAAUGGAGAACUGGGGACUCAUGAUCGGCCGCACAGAUGCUUAUCUGUACGAUGAAGAGAAGGAUGGUCUGCGUACGAAGCCGAUCGUGACGCGCGUCAUCGCCCAUGAGGUGGCCCAUCAAUGGUUUGGCAACAUCGUGACAAGGAAAUGGUGGGAUAACCUGUGGCUUAACGAGGCUUUUGCUACGCUGAUGGGCGACCUGAUUAUUCUUCGGAGACUGCACCCAGAAUGGCAUGCGGAUCGUGGGUUCAUCCAUUCCCAUAUUAGCGCCGCGCUUUCUCUCAACGCCUUGCGCUCUUCCCACCCGAUAGAGGUACCGUGUCCUGAAGAGAAGGCGAUCAACCAAAUCUUUGACAAUGUCUCAUAUUCAAAGGGGGCUUCUGUCCUGCGCAUGCUCUACUCUAUGAUUGGAGAAGAUAUGUUCUUCAAAGGAGUCUCCGCAUAUCUCAAGGCUCACCUUUAUGGAAACACCUUAACCGCCGAUCUGUGGCAAGGCAUUACGACAGCAAGCGGAGUGGAUGUCGAGGGCCUUAUGUCCAAUUGGGUCCUUAAGGUCGGGUUCCCGUUGAUCACGGUUGAAGAGACCCGGACCGGUAUACACGUCAAACAGAAUCGAUUCCUAGCUACGAACGAUGUCAAACCAGAGGAAGACACGACGAUCUGGCAUGUGCCGUUGAAUAUCCGAACGGUCAGGAAUGCUCGGGAGAUGACGUUUGAUAUACCCAACGUUGCAGGCUCUCUGUACAAGCUGAAUUCGGGAACGAUCGGACCUUAUCAUGUUCUCUAUUCUGAAGAACAUCUUGCCAGGCUCGGGGAUGAAGCCGCCCGAAAACGCACCUCGCUUUCUCCCACAGAUCGCCUCGGCCUCGUCACCGACGCGUUUGUGCUUGGCCGUGCAGGGUACAGCAGCAUGACCGCCGCCCUAGACCUGAUCAACAAGCUGCGUGAUGAUGACGACUAUUUCGUAUGGGCCCAGAUCGCCUCGGCCCUUAUCACGGUUCAGGAAUCAUGGUGGGACGAGCCGAAGUCUGUUCGUGAUAACCUGAAAGCCUUCGUUCGGUCGUUAUUCGGCCCGUUGGUGAAGAAACUUGGAUUCGAGUCGUCGCCUGACGACCCGCCUGAGCUUAUACGCUGGCGGUCCACUGCUAUUCGCGGCGCUUCCAGUGGGGAGGAUCCUGAGACAAUGAAACAGAUCCAGGGGCGGUUCUCGCUCCUCGUCGAGUCAGAUGAUUCAUCCCUGAUCCCAGCAGACCUCGAAACGACGAUCUUCUGUGGCGCAGUAGCAAAAGGUGGGGAACGGGAGUGGGCCAAGGCGCGGGAGAUGUACCGCCGUCCGAAGACGCCCUCUGAGAAAACAGCGGCGCUGUUUGGGAUGUGCGCCCCCGAGGACCCCGCGUUGUUGCGCAAGACGCUCGAUCUGAUACUCACGGACGAGGUGAAAACCCAGGACUAUGCGGCCUUCUUCUCAGGGCUCUCUAAUAACCCGGAAGGCAUCCGGCUGCUGUGGGCGUACUUCCAGGAGAACUAUGACACCCUCGUUCAGCGACUUGAUGGGAGCCAUUCGUUCAACCUGCUUGUACAGGCUAGCUUUAGCUCCUUUGCGCGGGAGGAAGACGCCAGAGCUGUGGAGCGGUUCUUUGAGGGGAAGGAGACGGAACAGUACAAGCUUAUUCUUGCCCAGGGUUUGGAGGAAGUGAGGAGCCGUGCGCAAUGGUUGGCGCGGUCUCGGGAAGAGGUGGAUCAAUGGUUGAAAGUGAAUGGUCAUGAGUAA